CAAACCUGAUGGUUAGACUAAAGUUAGCACACAGAGGGCGGUAUAUAAGACCACAGAAAGGCACUACAUUUCAUGUCAGUGACAUCCGUGUGGUGUGGAGUUGUUUUUUGGCCAAGCCCUUAAACUUUGAAAGAUGGCACCCAAGAAGGCUAAGAGGAGGCAGCAGGCAGAAGGAGGCAGUUCUAAUGUUUUCUCUAUGUUUGAACAGAGCCAGAUCCAGGAGUACAAAGAGGCUUUCACAAUCAUUGACCAAAACAGGGAUGGUAUCAUCAGCAAGGACGAUUUGAGAGACGUGUUGGCCUCUAUGGGUCAGCUUAAUGUGAAAAACGAAGAGUUGGAAGCCAUGAUCAAGGAGGCAAGUGGCCCCAUCAAUUUCACCGUUUUCCUCACCAUGUUUGGUGAGAAGCUUAAAGGCGCAGACCCUGAGGAUGUUAUUGUGAGUGCUUUUAAAGUUUUGGACCCUGAAGGUACUGGUACCAUCAAGAAGGAAUUCCUUCAGGAACUCUUGACCACCCAGUGUGACAGAUUUACUCCAGAAGAGAUAACCAACCUGUGGGCUGCCUUCCCCCCAGAUGUGGCCGGCAAUGUAGACUACAAGAACAUCUGCUAUGUCAUUACACAUGGAGAAGAGAAAGAGGAAGAAUAAAAUGAUCUAAUAAACAAAUCUCUCUACCUCACUCAUUACUGCACUCAUAUAAUGUCAUUACCGGUUUUCAUUCUCAGUAUUCUGAUUGCCCAUUUGUUUUCUGAAAGAAACUUUUUUUCUCAACCUUCCUCUGGAGGGCUAUUGGCAUUUGAGUUGAAUGUAAGUCACAUGGCGCAUAUGGGGUUAUUUUCAAUAAAAUAAUCUAUUCUAAAAUCAUGGCAAGAGAACAUUUCUAUAAUAAAGGGAUAUAUUCUUGGUCA